CGCUCUCCCCGCUGCUCUCUGCUGCUGCUGCUGCUGCUGGGGCUCCAGUCCUGGGCUCCCAAAAUGGCUCCCCGCUGCUCCUGGCGCCGCCGCCGCCAGAGGAGGGGAGGCUGCCUGGGGCUGCUGCUGCCUCUGGGGCUCCUAUUACUGCCGGCCUUGGCCCCUGCCCCCGCGGGGGGCUACGUGAUCCUGGACUCGGUGUCGUGGUCGGUGGCGAACGAGGGGGAGGAGGAGGAGCUGGAGCUGGAGAGCGCCUCCGAGGAGGAGGAGGAGGAGCGGCGGGGCGGCCGGCCUUCCCUCCUGGAGGACCCCCGCAGCCUCUGGAAGAGGAGCCACCCGGCCUCGGUCUACAGGGAGGAGGAAGGGGGCGAGGAAGGGCAGCAGGAGCAGGCGGAGAGGCCCGGGGCCAAGCAGGGCUCCUCCUCGCCCUCGCGCAUGUUCUCCUACCGGCGGCGCCAGGGAGGCCAAGGCGGGGCCAGGGAGCAGGAGCAGGAGGAGAGCCCCGCCAGGAGGGCCCGGCAGCGCCUCCGAGGGAGCCCCUGGGGCUUCCUGGCCACCGCCUCCGCCCUCCAACAGAUCCGAGGAACACCAUUUGGGAAUUGUUUAUCUCUCAGUGAUGGUCCCACAGAGAACAGCACAGGAAUUCCUUUCUUUUAUGUGACUCCAAAGGACAACUCAGUAGCUGAUCUAAUGAAAAAUUCCACUGCUUCACUAACAUUGCCAGAGGCAGAAGGAGAUUCCUGCAGAAAAACUAUUGUUGAUCCUGAUGAUCCACGAUGUGCCAGGCUUAUCCUUACAGGACAGAUGGUUACUGUGCCUCCAGAAGAAAUGGAUUUUGCCAAGCAAGCAUUAUUUUCUAGGCACCCAGUAAUGAGAAAAUGGCCUCGCAGUUAUGAAUGGUUCUUUAUGAAAAUGAACAUUGAACAUGUCUUGCUUCAGAACUGGUAUGGAGGAAUUACCACUGUUGCACUGGAUGAAUACUUCAAAGCAACUUCCAGUAAAGCUUAACUGGACAUUCAAAUAUGGACAUUGUGUUUCCAUAUUUACUUUGAAAACAAACUGUUUUAUAUGCUAUACUACCCAGUGUUUAUUUAACAGUUAUUUUGUGCACAGUAUUUAAAAUGGUUCCAUCUUUCUGAAUGGGAGUAAAACAACUGUAUGAACUUUUUAAUGUGAAAAUGAACAUUAAAAGCAGAUAUGAAACUGCAAUAGAAGAUCUUACCAUUUAAGGAUGGCAAUGGAUCACUCCAAAUAUUUGGAGUAUUUUUGAUUUUUACAAACAUCCCACAGCACAGUGAAACUAUAUGUUAAUUAUAAUUUCUGGAACAGGACAAGAAUUGCAAGUCUACAUGAAAAGUCUGCUAUGUAAAGUUAAAGUUACAAUUUUCAUGUUUCCUAAGGCACAUAUUUAUCUUUGUUGCACAAAAUAUAGUUCUUUAAAAUGGUUUAAAUAUGGCUCUGUUGCUAACUUAUGAGCAUGAAUAGCCAUAAGGAGCAAAAUUGGAAGCUUUGGUUUCCAUUUUCAGCUAACUUCUUUCCUUUCUCCUCCUUCCCUUCCCUUCCCUGUGGCCAAAUCGGGACCAGCUGAUGAUAAACCAACUUCAGUCCACUGGUUCAUUAUCCUAGCUUCUUCCAAUAAGCUCCAGUUAAAGUUUAAGCAUUAGGCUCAUGCAUAUGACAAUGAACUAGUUUACGUUAAAAUACUGUUCAACUUCUCCGUUGAUCUUCUAUUGGAUUCUAGAACAAUCCUUUUAGGAAGUUAAAGGACAGUUAAUAUUAUUUGAAACAGAGGAAUAAAGAACAAAACUAGACAACAUAAAUAUAGGUAAAUACAUUUUUCUCCCUACUCAUUAUUUGAAAGCAGGUAUUGCAACACCCAUGUCAGACAGGUCUGGAGCUAGAGGAGUAUUUCAUAUAUCUGAUUUGUAUUUUCUUUCUUUCUGACAGACUUUUGAAUUGAUUUUAUUUAUUUAUUUUUAAACUUUCCAUCAUAGAGAUGGAUAACAUGAAUUGUGGGACAUGAAUAAAAUACCAUAUACUGUAUGUGUUUUCUAAUUGCACUAAAAAGAUGGAGGACAAAUUGGCCUGUGCUAUAUUCCUUUAGUAUUUCUAUGUAAAGGAACAUCGUUGCAGUAUCCCACAGCUUCUCUGUGGCUUUGUGUUUUAUAUUAUGUGAAUUACAAUGUUGUUCCUAUGAAUAAGAGUUCUACAAAAAAAUUCUGUAACAGUGUAUCUUCUUAAUGGAUUUGGUAUGCUCCACAGUUUAAUUAAUGAACUGCAGCAAAACUUUCACUACAUCUACAAGAAGUCAGAAAGAUCCAGCAGUUGGGAAGACAGCAUGAAUGUUUUAAGACUGAGGCCAGAUUCCUGUUUAGUGAUUUAUACCGGCGGUUAAACCAAUAAGUAAUUUUUGAAAUAUUAUGGAAGGGGAUCUCCUGUACCUCCCUGCACAAAGUGUUCAUUCCUGGUGCACAAGGGCGGUCAAAUGGCCCCAGAUGUAUCUCUUCUUUCCAGCCACUGAUUGGCUGCAGAAAAUGCUCAGGCACCAUUGAAGUGCCAUUUUAUGCCUGGGAAGAAGAAGGAACUUUAUGCUGUAAGAUGACAGCACCCAUUUGGUACCUGUAUGCACCUUCACAGCUAAUCAGGCCCUGGGGGCAUACCUGGGUACUGUCUGGAAGCUAAUGGGAAGACACAGUGCCAUUUCUAGACAAGUAGUUUUAUUUAUUUAUUUAUGUAAUACCUUACCUUUCUCCCAACAUGAGACCCAGCUAUGCUCUGCCAGCACUUGGUCUACACUUGUUACUGGUUAUAUAAACUGUAAAGUGUUAAAAGUACAGUAAAAACAUAGCAAAUACUUUUUCUUUUAAAAGUUUAGCCUGGUUAAAAACCUGGGAUGUCAUCUACCUCUCCUCCCAAAAUGGCAUGGCACAUCCCACAAACACAGCUUUUGGCCGUGCAGCAUUUUAUCAAGAACUAUUAUUUGAAAGCAGGUAUUACCACACCCAUGUCAGACAGGUCAGGGGCCAGAGCAGUAUAUACCUGACUUGUUUUCUAUUCUUCACUGACAGUCCUUUGAAUUGAUCUCAACAUCCACACUGCAGAAAUAAUCCAGGUUGACACCACCUUAACUACCAUGGCUCUAUGCUAUGGAAUUCUGGGAUUUGUAGCUUUGGAAGUCAUUUAACCUUCUCCGUCAGAGAGCUCUGAUGCCACAGCAAAGUACAACCCCCAGAAUUCCAUAGCAUUGAGUCAUGGCAGUUAAAGUGAUGUCAACCUGGAUUAUUUCUGCAAUGUAGUCACAGUUUUAGAGUGAUACUGGUAGGACCAAACCAAUGCAUAGGUGAGUCUUCUUGCAACUUCACAUAUGUCUUUUCCAACAUGAAGUUAAAGGAUUUCCCAGCCAUGAACCUGAAAAAUGUUGCCCACUCCUGCCUUAGGACCUCUAUAAAGAUUUCAAAGCUCCUAGUGUUGUACUAGGGAUGGAACAUCUGCCAUGUCCUUUAGUUAGGGGUUUCCCACAUCUUGAGGUUGCAGUUUUAUCAUUGCUAGAAGAGCUCUAACCAAAAAUCGAUCAACCAGACCCUUACUUCUUCCUGGUAAAUCUGAAAAACCAGGCCCUCACUGCAAUUUAUAGUUUGAUUUCUAGUUCAAAAUCAUCAGACUACAGCAUGCCUCACUGUGCUAAUCUGUGGUUUAUCUUUAGCACAUAAAAUUAUACAAAGGACUGUUUUUAUUUGAGGAUGUAAGGCCAUCCUUUCAGAAUGGUAUGGUAAACAUUAAAUUUCUCUAUAGUUAUCACACAAACUGUAUAAUACAAUGUUUGUUCAAAGACUAAGCUUUCCUGUGUUUUUCUGCUGCUGUUAUUUAACCAAAGAAUGAUCGGUUUCUAAGAUAAUUUUCUUCACUGGAUAAAAACUGAGUUAUUCAUAUUCUGUCUCCCCUGGCAAUGUUUAUCAGAUAUUUCUUGUAAAUAAAAUAAAACAUUGAUGGGAAAUUUAAA